AUGCCUUCCAUUCAUCCAUCCUUCUUCUUCCCAUUGUGUUGGCUUCCCUCUCCUCAACACGAUCAUUACUUUUCCACUUCAUAUAAAUGUAAUUCCAAUGUGAGAAUAAGGCUUCAUGAAUUAUAUACACAUCAAUUGAGAGAACAACGAGAGAAGAAGAGGAAAUCCUUGUUGGAACAGCAUCAACCUUCCAAUGCUGCUGCUGUUGCACAUUUGUGUUAUAAUCCUCAUGCCAUGUGUGUGUCUUCUCAAGAUGUGACCAUGAAACAUACGAACAUGAUGACAGAUCAUCAUUCUCAUCAUUUGCAUCAUUCACAGCAAUCCAAUGCUCAUCCAAAACGAAAUCAUCAUCCUCAUCAACAUUUUCAUGAGAAGAAACAACCUUCGUUUGGAGAUGAGGACACGAUGGAAAUGAUUUCCAAGAAUCUUCAAAUGUUACAAGAUCAAGAUGGUGAUUUAGAAAUGCACGAUUGCAGUACCAUGACAAAAAUUCAUGAAUCUACAAUGAUGCAACAACAACAACAACAGCAGCAACAACUGUCAUUGUCAAUUCUUGCUCCAUCCUCCACCUCAACUUUUUCUCAAAGUGAGAAUGGUGCUGCUCAUAGCAAGACUGGCCAGCGAAAGUGA